AUGAAUGAGCGAAGGAGAGACGGUGACGGAAAUUGCGUUUGCGGUGCGAACGCGUACGCGGGUGUAGUCCGUGGGGCAAUCACUCUUUCGAAGCAGCAUCCCGAGCACCCAAGCUUCAACAACAAUGGCAACAAUAGGGAUCAAUUCGUGGCAAGAGGUAAGAGCAAGAAGACGAAUCACACUGUGCUCAAGUCCGAUGAUAUCUAUCUCAAGCUUCUCGUCAAGCUGUACUGUUUUCUUGUCUGGAAGACUAGAAGCAAGGAGAUUGCGAAGGCUAGGAUUGAGAAGCCAAGAGGAGAGUGCUUGACAUUUGAUCAGCUUGCUUUGAGAGCACGAUUGGGUCAGAACAUGGUUCUCCUCAGACGUCCUAAGAAUUCUUGUGAAGUAGUGAAGCACUUCAGUCCAGCUCCUGGUGUGCCACACAACCACACUAAACCUUAUGUGCGGUUCAAGGGAUGGAAGUUUGAGAAGGCUAGAGGAAAGAGGAACAACAAGGAGUUAGGAUUGAAAAUGCUAUUUUUGGAAUCCAUUUUUUGCUUUAGAGUUUAA